AUGCCGAAGCAAUACGUUCUCUUCGGGCGGCUACUGCCGCCCAUUACGACGCGACGAAUAACCGUCCUGCUAACAGCCGUCUUUAUUUUUGCCGUCUUCUCUGUCAUCUUCACUCUCCCGAGUGCAGUACCGACUGGUCCCAGCCUGUCCAAGUUUGCCGAUCACAAGUUUUCCCUUCCGCAAUUCGGGGGACAAUCCAACGCAUGGUCCAGCGCGCUGCAUCCGUUCCGUCCCAAAUCACACGCACCACCAAGUCUCGACAGCGAGUCGCACAAGGGCUCGUCCUGGUCGUCCCACUGGUCGUGGCUCACGACGCCGUUUUCCUCGAGCUACACCCUUGACGAGGAUCGCGCGCUGCUGCCCCCACUGCCUGAGCGUCCGCCGAUCUAUUGUUACUACGACGCCACCCUCGAGCGCGACAAGGCCAAGAGGGAUGCCGAGAGCGCCCUGCUGCUCACCUGGCGUCGGGCUUGGUGGGCACAAGGUUUCCGUCCGAUCAUCCUCAGCUCGGGCGAGGCGAUCAACAACCCGCGUUACGAGCAGCUUCAACACCUCAAGGUCACCCCCGCGGCCAAGGCAGACAUUAUGCGCUGGCUGGCUUGGGAGAACAUGGGAGGCGGCCUGCUGGCGCAGUACCUCGUGCUGCCCAUGGGUGCACGAGAUGACGCUCUGCUCACGUUCUUGCGCCGGGGGGAAUACCCGAUCCUGACGCGCUGGGAGGGGUUUGGCAAUGGACUCUUUGCCGGCUCUAAGGCGGACAUUGCUGGCGCUAUCAAGCUGGUCCUGGACAACCCUCUGCUCGUCAACUCCGAGAGCUUCCUCGAGGCGAUUCCCGCCGUGGACACACCAAAGGCAGAGUCACCGAAGUUGAAGACUGUUGAGGACGACUACAAACAGCCAACAAAAGAUUUUCCCUUCAGAGUUGACUCGACUCCUACUUCUCUCGCUUUCUACGAAGCACAAACUGUCGCCAUGAAGUACACCAAAGUGGGCGACUCCAUCUCGCAGAACUGGGGAGAAGGCAUGCUCAAGCUGAACCAGCUGAUCAACUCACAUUUGCACGUCACCUGGCAAAACACGUUCUCAAGCGGCAUUGCGGUCCUCAAGCCAAAGUCCGAAUACAUGACCCAGAUCGUGGAGCCGGCCUUGGGGCUGGCCAAUCGCCUGGUCCAGUGUUCGGCAACGCCGUUGGAGUCGUCAUGCCCACCGAACUUCCUCACAUGCAACCCGUGCGUGGCCAAGUCGCCGAUGCCUGUGCAUACACCGCCAACAUACCGCAACGUGUCGACGCUGUUCACGAUCGGCACGGUACCACACCCAUACACAUACCAGUCAGUGGCCCACAAGCAGGGGUCUCUCGACGUGAAGUGGGUGCGACGCAAGUCUCAGCGGGAUGUGUGGCUGUUCGACAUCACGAAGGAGCUGCUGGGUACCGGAGUAUCCUCGGCGCGGCGCGUGCUGCGGUUUAAGGAGGCUGUGGCUGGCCAAUACGCACGAGCACAUACGCUGUGGUUUGCAGCCGAGCAGCCGGUGCCGGAGGACGUCGACUGGCGAUUCGGCUUUGUAGUGCCAAGGCUGGGGGAGGGCCUGGAUAAGGGUGAAUCACAGACGCCUGUGCCGGGUCCGGAGCGGCUGCCGCCCCCAAAGCACGACAAGGACGAUGGGCCGAUUGCGACGCCGGAAAGGCUGGUGAUAGAGCGUGACCUGCUGGCCAAAGCGAAGCAGAUGACUGAUAGCAAGGACCAGAAGAGUAAGUCGAUCCGCGAUGCGGUAGAGGCAUGGAACAUUGGCGACAUGGAGGCUUGGAAGUUUGCGCGGGCGUAUUUGGCACGAGCCGAUGCGGAGCGGACGGCAUGGGAAAAGGAAGAAGCCAAGUACGCCGGCGGCGUCGGUAGCGAGAAGGGUCGACGGGACGGCCACUUCUGGGGCUACUAA